UUCCUCAAGGUCAGUAUUACACUUUCAUAAUAAACUAAAUUGGUGCCAAUACUUCCUACUUUGGUAUCUUCACCAUUGAUUUUGUUGGUUCAUUCAGAUGAAAGCUGUAGAAUGAACUAUUUUAACUAAAUUCAACAGUAUGUGUGUCAUUGUAAAGAAUGUGCUCCAUAUGAUGACAUUACUGACAGGUUUAUAAUUUUCAUCUUUUAUUUUUUUCAUCUUUUCGAGAUGUGACUUCAGCACACCAAAGCCUUUGUAAACCACAAAGUCAAAAUGGCUGAUUGAUAAUGGAUCAUAUAUGAGGAAUCUAAAGAGCUCGUGGCUUUAGGCCAUAUUCAUGCAAAACCAAACUCUAACGGUACUUACUCAAGAUCACGUAUUACACUUUCAUAAUGAACUAAAUUGGUGCCAAUUGGUGGUUUAGGCCGUAUCAUUGCAAAAACAAUGUUGACGACAAACCUUCAGCCUUUGGCAUCAAAGAACGAAAGUUCUUUGCAUGUGCAAUUCAUUGGUCUUUCAUGUUAGAUGUUCAUGAGAUGUGUUCUUCACAAUCCUCCAUCUUGAGUUAUGUGGUUUGCACUGGCAUCUGCCCUAUCUGUCCUCCACACACGGAGUGUUUAGGGUGGAUCCCAUCAGCUCUGUUGAACUGAGAUGCGUGUUUGUUAACUUGCUUUCACAUGUGCAUUAAUAGUAAAGAUCAUUCUCUGGUUGGAUCUGGAUAUUGUGCUCCUCAUCUUCAUCAAGGAUGGAAUCGAUGCAUGUGUCACUCAUUCUCAUAGGUAUUUCUGUCUUGUAUCCGAGGACAGGUGCUCUGCACAAGCUUGAUAAACCGGUUCUGAUCGGUCCGUCCGUUGCAAUAGACCGUUCAGUUGUGGAUUUCUACUGUGAGAUUCCUGGGAAACCGGCAACAUUGCCUGUCCUAUACGAGCUCUAUGUAGAGACAAACCAGAGUAAGGUGAUUGGGGAGCACAUCUCGCAGUCUGGGGAAAUAGCCACUUUUCCUCUGGUUAUCACCACACAACAUGACGGUCGACUCAUUUGCAAGGCCAGCGGACACAAUAACACAGAUAUUGAGAGCUCGAUCAGUGAAGGCCUGAACCUCAAAGUCAUCGUUCCAGUGAAGGGAGUGAGAAUCAUUUCACAUCCUUCCAGUAAUAACAUGUGGGAAGGACAAACUUUGACCCUCCAGUGCAAAAAGACCAAAGGAACAUACGUCUCCUAUAAUUGGCUCUUGGGUGAAAGGCCGGUUGAAAUGGCAUACGACAGGACUAAUGACACACUGAUCAUACACAGGCUCUCUGCGCGAAACACAGGCCAUUAUAUGUGUGUGGCGUCAAACCGAUUCAAUGACACGACGACCUUUAACUCCAGCAGUGAUCUCCUGUCUGUGCAGGUCAAAGAAUACGUGUCCAAGCCUGAAAUCUCAGUUGAAGUAGAGAAGCUAAAGGAUGGUGGUUUUAAAGCCGUCAUCUCGUGCCGGUCUGAGAAGGGAACUCCGCUCAUCACCUUCAGCCUGUUGAACAACACUGACAUCAUCACAACAGAAACGAGCGACAAAACCAGCACGUUCUUCAGUGUGCCGCUCGAGCUGAACCGCUACAUGGGCCACGUGAGAUGCAACGCCAGCAACGAGGGCAACUGGGUUCUGAGUGAACCAGCAGACCUGACCGUGGAGUCUGUAGGAGGCGCUGUAACAAUGACGCCCGUCACUCACACGGGACGGGACUUCCAGGUAGUCGGUCUGGUUCUGCGCUGUAAGGUGGAGCGAGGAACGUUUCCAUUUUACAGCUGGUUUCUCAACAACAGCAGGCUGGAGGACCGAGGAGGUUUCUAUGCGGUGACCUGGUCCGACAACUCGGUUCUGAUGCUGUCUGUGGGCCAGGACAGCGCUGGAUUCUACCACUGCGAAGCUUCGGACAGAUUUGACAACAGCACCAGCAUCCGCAGCCCGAGGAUGCUGAUCAAUAAAGAGGUUCUGAAUAGAGUCUCUCCUGUGGUUGCGGUGGUUGUUUUCACCUGUUUCGCUGUGCUGAAUGUUGCUCUGAUGGCGUGUUGUAUUUAUGGAGUCGUGCUGCGAAGAAGAUAUUCAGGAAAAUACUCACUCAUCAAUCAACGCAGAAAAAUGGAAAUUGCUGUUAAACAGGAAGACAAAGAGGAGGAUGAUGAUUAUCUAGAGAUGUUGGAGGGUUACGAGGAAGACGUCGUCCUUGCUGACAGAAUAAGUGAUUCUGGUGCUGAGGAUGAAGAUGAAUCUGUAGAUGAAACUCUCCUGUAUGAAGGCACCGUCUCCAAAUAAUUCCACAGACAUUCUUGAAGAGUUUAAUUUAUAGGAGUUUAAUCCAUUAAAUCUGAGCCUGACUGGUUGGUUUCCCACAGACACGAGCAUAUCUUCACUUAGGCUAUUUGUCACGUAUUAUUCUGUUCAGACAAAGGUUUAUUCAAACCGAGACAAUAGACAAGCACUCACGACUGUGACCAAUCAGAAGCAAAGACGGCCAACAAUGUGUCUACUGUCAGAUUCACACGAGUCUGUGUGGGUUUAUGGAGGGAAGAUCACAAAUACAUAAAAAUGUAUAUGUUUUGAUAAAUCCAACAAUGCUUAUAUUAAAACUUUUGAUAAAAACCA